AGUGGUUCCGCUUCCGUACAAUAAAGAUCGAAAUGAGGAUCAUACAUCAUCCAGGACGUGCAAUUGAUGCGAGUCUUUCGCUCGAACAACGCAGCGCAAUGGGUGCCUUGUAUGAGGCUAACUGGAACAAGGUACAGUCGAGCAUGAACUCGCUGAUCGAGAGUCAUCAUGAGACAAAUCCCUACGAAACGAUUGGGCUUCCAACGGCCAGACCAACCAACCAGGAGUCCUACCGAACGUCGACCGUAACCGGUUCUUCGGAGGACGACGAAGGUCUCCCCGACGAGGAGGAGCGUGAUACGUUUCAGGAGGGUAAUGGCGUCCUGAAGGCACUGAACGGAUAUCGGCCAGCUACGAUAAGGCGGGCCCGUCAGCGACAGUACCCAGAAUGGGACGAGUUAAAAGACCCGAAAGAAUCCGCAGAUGAUCCAAGCGCCACCAAAUAUCAUACCGUCCGUGGACGAAUGUUUGAAAAUACUCACAAACCUCGGCCAGCCCUGCGAGGCUCCAGUAUGGCCGAGUUCGAUGCAGGACAUUACGCGAACCUACACUCAACGGACGACCGUGUGCCGGCCGUUCCAGCGCGCAAUUCAACUUUAAAGCGUUCGAAUACGGUUGCGGCACAAACGGCUUCCGCUCAGCAGAGAACGCUCGAUCGGCGGGAACUGUUUCUGCACCAACAGCAACACCAGUACCAUCCUCCACCGGAGCAACAGUCGAGGAAGGAACGCGUUAGGCAGCAGCAGCCGAUGGACGAGUACUCGGAUCAUUUGCAGCGGCCAGUCCGUCACUAUCCGGACCCGAUGGCCGGUCUCGAAAGCAAGCUGAGGUCGAGCGCGAUCUGUGAUAAUGGUACCGGGGGUGCCCGGUAUCGUGAUAAAUCCAGCCCGGCCGACUAUCGCCGUGGCAGUGAUGACAGCGAGAGCAAUCUCUCGAUCGGUGACCGUAUGACGUCCUACCGGUCGGAUAACGAUCUCUGUACGCAGAUCUACCGUGAGGGCAGUAGGAAUGGUUCGCUGGCAAGUAUUCCACGGGCGACAGCAACGCUUUCACGCAACCGAACCAUCAAGGGUCGUCCAAUUUUGGAAGAUAUACCAGCCGAUCUGUUGCCGCGACUAGAACCGGAGAAACCGAAACGAUCCGGCAAAAAGGUCGGGUUCGGUAAGAUGCUGUACAAUACGAUUUCGGCCGGUACGAAGUUUCCGCGCACGUUGCUCAAGUCACACUUUGGAGCGGCGGGUGGCGGUGUGCGGGAAGGUGGUGAUACGUCCGAGUACGAUAGUGCCACCGGUUAUCAGGAUUCGCCACUUUCGUCGAUGUCGUCCGCUUCAACUUCCUCGUCCUCUUCCACGUCCUCGCCACCAUCGUCUUCUAAGUCGUCAUCGUUUAAGAAGCUGUUUGGCGGCGGCGGAGGACCCAGCAGUGGUAGCAGAAGCACCAGCAAUAGCAGUACCGCCAGUAACACUGCCGGCUCUGCCACCGUGCAUCAGCAGCGCCGUCCGCAGUUUAGUGACGAUUGCGAUGAUACGUACAUUAUUUCCUCACGGCACGGUCCAGCCGGUGGCAAGUUUCCUUCGCUGGUUCCGGUGCAUACGUACGCACGGAAGCGGCGCACGGGUAAUUUGAUCGCCAACGAACCCAUCUACGGUAACGUGGAGGAGAUCUACGCCAAUCCUGACGAGGGUCGCGUUGAGGUGUCGCGCGAGGGCAAAUACCUGUCGACGCUAUCCGGUGCUAAGGUUCUCGGCGAGCUAGCCAUCCUCUACCACUGCCAACGAACGGCCACCAUCACAGCCGCCACCGACUGCAAGCUCUGGGCGAUCGAGCGACAAUGCUUCCAGACGAUCAUGAUGCGAACCGGCCUGAUACGGCAGGCCGAGUACUCCGAUUUUCUCAAGAGUGUACCGAUCUUCAAAAACCUCCCGGAAGAUACGCUCUGCAAGAUAUCCGAUGUGCUGGAAGAGUGCUACUACCAGAAAGGUGACUACAUCAUCCGCCAAGGUGCCCGUGGCGACACGUUCUUCAUCAUCUCCAAGGGUCAGGUGCGCGUGACGAUACGUCAGCCGGACACGCAGGAAGAGAAGUUUAUCCGCACGCUCGGGAAGGGCGAUUUCUUCGGCGAAAAGGCCCUGCAAGGGGAUGAUUUACGCACAGCCAACAUCAUCUGUGACUCGCCGGAAGGUGUUACCUGUUUGGUGAUCGACCGGGACACGUUCAUUCAGCUGAUCUCGUACCUGGAUGAAAUCCAAAACCGCUACAACGACGAAGGUGUUAGCGAGCGGAAGAAGAUUUACGAAGAGUUCCGAGAAGUGAAGUUGUCCGAUCUGCGUGUUAUCUCCACGCUCGGUGUCGGUGGCUUUGGGCGCGUCGAGCUGGUACAGCUUGCCCAAGACAAAUCGCGUUCGUUUGCCCUAAAACAGAUGAAGAAGGCACAGAUUGUGGAGACGCGCCAACAGCAGCACAUUAUGUCGGAAAAGGAAAUCAUGAGCGAGGCGAACUGUGACUUCAUUGUGAAGCUGUACAAAACGUUCAAGGAUCGAAAGUACCUGUACAUGCUGAUGGAGAGCUGUCUCGGUGGGGAGCUGUGGACGAUUCUGCGCGACCGUGGACACUUUGACGACGGUACCACACGCUUCUACACGGCCUGUGUGGUCGAGGCGUUCGAUUAUCUGCACUCGCGCAACAUCAUUUACCGCGACCUGAAACCAGAGAACCUGCUGCUGGAUGUGUCGGGGUACGUGAAGUUGGUUGAUUUUGGAUUCGCUAAAAAAUUGCAAUCAGGUCGAAAAACGUGGACGUUCUGCGGUACACCGGAAUACGUUGCGCCGGAAGUUAUUCUCAACCGAGGCCAUGACAUCAGUGCGGAUUACUGGUCGCUUGGAGUGCUCAUGUUUGAGCUACUGACCGGUACGCCACCCUUUACCGGUGCAGAUCCAAUGCGCACGUACAACAUCAUCCUGAAGGGUAUCGAUGCGAUCGAGUUCCCGCGCAACAUCACCCGCAAUGCCAGUGCGCUGAUCAAGAAACUGUGUCGAGACAAUCCGACGGAGCGUCUCGGGUAUCAGCGGGGUGGCAUCAGUGAAAUCCAAAAGCACAAGUGGUUCGAUGGCUUCUACUGGGAGGGAUUGCGGAAUCGCUCACUGCCACCGCCGAUCCUGCCGAAAGUACAGAGCGUCGUCGACACGGCUAACUUCGACGACUAUCCGGCCGAUCCCGACGGUCCACCGCCGGACGACCUGUCCGGAUGGGAUGAUGAUUUCUAAGCUACAACGUCUUUCCUGCUUUAAGAUCUUUUGCGCUAAAAUCCUCCUAAAGUUUUGCUUACCGUCCCCGCAACGCAAGUGGUCCGUUUUCGCACCUGUGCGCAAAUGUUCCUUCGAGAGAGAC